GAAAAUUUUUCCGAGUCCGACACUCUAUUAUUUCCAAAAAAGAUAAAUACUUUGAACGUGAAAAAAAGAUAGCCGGUCGUGCUGAUCGGGUUUAAACGUGGGAAAUUAUCGGUAUUCUCUCGUCCGUUGAUAUUUUUCCAUGUACAAAUAACCAAAACCUCUUAUUUUCUUUCUUCCAAUUUCCGUACAGUGAACUGUUGCGGUUUGAGAAACUAAAAGGUUCAUUGUUUAUAUACUCAUUUUGGCUAUACGUCGUCUAGUCCGGCGAUGAUCUUUUUUCUCCGGCUAAGAAUUCCCCAAACAUAAAAGUCUUGGCUAGUUAUCUGCUUGACUGUCCUUGUCUCUCUCUUCUCUUCUCUGGCCUAGCGCACUCCCAGGUGUGUGUGUGUGUGUGUGCGCGCUAGUUGGUGCUGCCCAGUGAGUGGAUCGAAAGGUGCCGGCAGCGCCAGUCCACAACAGCAGACUUGUAUAUUCUCUUUUACACUUGGUUCGUCUCAGCCGGUCGACUCGGUAGCCUUGUUAUUUCUCUCUCUCUCUCCGUGUUGUGUACGUGUGUGUGUGAGUACUCUGGUAAAAUAGUACGUUGUGUUUUCUUUUGACGUUAUAUUACACGCACGUUGAGCAUACAGCAAACACUCGAUUCGUUACGCUGGCAAGUAUGUACUACUACCCAGUUGGUGGCGUGUUGUUGUGUGGACUUUGACUGGAAUCGACGACCUCGAUGGCCCCCACCAUCACAAGAGAAACCGAUGGGAAAAGUGUCGUACAUCAUUUUGUGAAACUGCUGUUAAAUCCCUUCUAAACUGCGUAUUUCCUUGCCUUGACUUGACUUUUGUUGUUGUGUGUCGGCUGUUUGUUGCUGCCGGGCUCUGGUGACAUUCCAACUGGAUAUCGACCCGACUUUUGUCCCGUCAUCCGAAUAAUUCAAUAAGACCCUGGAGUGAGAACGAGUUCGUUUACACGGAAGAUGAUGAUGGCCUCAGAGCCGGCCAACGGUAAUAGCAUGCCGUCGGUCAUCCUGGGGUCGUCCUCGGUGGUGGGAACCAGUUCGGCCGCCUCGUCCAUGUCGAGCCUGACGCUCCGUGACCAGCAGCACCACGUCGAAGGAGCCAAGGAGCGCAAAGAGCGACAGAUGCGUCGCUUGGCCGCCGAAAUGGACGACCAACGAUCAAAAUUUGAACGCGACAAGGCGGAAGCGCUGAGCCAUCAAAAGGAGGCCAUGAACCGCGCCUUUCGCGUCCAGCUGGCCAAAUUGCUCAAAGAGAAGGAGGAGCUGCAGCGAAAAUGUCAGACGCUGCAGUCCAAGGAGCCGAACGGAAAAAUCACCGGCAACGGCCUCGCUAAUGCAGCGGCCGCCUCGAGCCAAGCGGCCGCCGCUGAAAUGCUGAAAUUAAUUCACGAAAAUUCCAUCCUGCGCAUCGACAAGAAGAAACAGGAGGAACAACUGCAGCUGAUGAGGGAAAGUGAGCAGCACCGGUUCGAGAAUAUGCGCAGUCUACUUGAUGACAAGGCUCGUGAGUUGAUCACGUUCCAGAAGCAGUUGCGGCAACAGAUCGCCCGUUUGCGUGAGGAAUCCCGGACCAAAGAUCGUGUCAUUUCUCACCUGGAAUCGGAGCUGCGCGUUCAAACCGGACGGGCCCAGCAAUUCCGCGACAUCCUCGAGCAGUCACUCCUCACGGCCGCCAGCCGUGGCAGCCUUUCCGGUCAACAACACAACCACAAUGAGCGCGACGAACUGAUUGCCCGCGAACGCAAACUCCAAGUCCUGGUGGAUGAUCUUCGGGAGACGAUGCGGCAUCAGCAAGACACCUUCGCUCACGAGAAAAAAGAACUGCUCCGCCGGUUAAGUGAGACGGAACGCCAGCAAGGUUCAUUGCGCCAGAAGAACAAACAGGUCCUGACCCGCAACGUCCAGUUGGCUGUCAAGAGCCAAGAAUUAGCCGAAACAGUCAAGAACCUCCAGCAACAGCCGCCGGCCGGUGGAAAUAUGUCGACGGCAGCACCCGACACAACCAAUUUGAAGAGAAGUUUGACGAGACCCAACGUUAAUCAACUAGGCUCGCCAUCCAAGAAUGACAAGCAGCGGCGAAUGGAGUACGUCCAACAAAUCCAGAAAUUGCGCAAAGAGCAACGCUACUACUCCAUGUGGGAACUGCCGCCAUUGCUCGAAGUCGACACGGACGGCCUGGGCUCUGAUGGCAAUGCCGACUCGGACGGUUCCUUGUCUCCGGCCGCUACCUCGGGCGUUACGUCCUGUUCUUCCGACUCGGCCUGGAGCGAGGACACGCGACGGGAAUUGGAAGUGUUGUUCUCACAGCUGUCGCGGGAGCAUUCCGAUUUGCAGCGCAACUACCAACUGCUCCACGAGAAGUUGCGCCAGCUGACGUGCUUUUCCGACGCCGACGCGGCCAACGUCAACUACGCCACCUUGCAGGCCGACUACAACGCGGCCAGAGCCCGAAUCCGCGACCUGGAGGAGAUCCUGCAGCUGAAAAACAAUCGCGAACGAGAGGCCAGUGACGGAGCCAACGCCGGACGCCCGACGGUCGUUCCUUCUCUGCUGGAAAUCCAGGCCAAAUUCGUUCGCGAGAAGCACAUCCAGCAAACGCAGAUGGCCAUCCUGGUCAAACGUCUCGAGGAGGCCAAAGACAGGCACCAAUCUGUCCAGGCGGAGCUGAACGAAGCGCGAGAUCAGAACGAGUUGCUCGAGUUCCGCAUUCUCGAAUUGGAAGAGAUCCAAGAAAGGGCGCCGUCACAGUGCUCGACCGAUCAGCGCGACCGUAAGGAUGUCUGCACCGACACGGAUUCGGAUGACGUAUCGGUCGGAGAUUCGGGCAUUACUUCGCUGGCUUCACUCAUGGUCGAAUGUCCGUCACCAGUCUUGCCCAGAAGCCCGUGCAGCAGCGGAUCGUCACUGGACUCUGACUACCUGGGCGAAAAGAUCUCGUCGGUCAAAGCAGAACUGCAAUUGAUGGUCUCCUCGCUAAAUGAUCCGUCUCAGAAAACCGUGCUGGCCCAGCUUCAGGCGCUGUUGGGCGUCUGCCAGUCUCGACUGGCCCACAAGAGUCCCGUCGCCAGUGAGACUUCCAACUGGGACUGGCAGCUGCAGGAGAGUGGCAUCUUUGAAGAGGACCACCACCAUUCCACCGAUGGAUCCACUCAGACGGACGCCGUCGAGUUCGAUGGACACAAUGGCGAUGUCAGCAUCCGGGUGACGGUCCCGUUGCCUCUUUGCGGACGAGUGACCGAAGACAAGGAAGUUCAAAUGUCUCCCGCCGAGUUGGAAGAUAAAUCCGUGCAAACAAUGACGGAUGUCCAGGAUUUUGCGGUCCAAACUGAUUUGAUUGUCUGUCAUUCCGCCGGCGCAGAAGAAAAGUCCUAUCGAGAUCAGGGCGUUCAGUUCUACGAGGAACGGCCCAUGUUCGCGGAAGAAGAUUCCCAGACGGAUGGGCAGGUGAUGACCCUGGAGGAAUUCCGCGACGUUGAGAGCUACUACGUCCAGCAGAUUGAAAUCCUGCAGAAGGAGAAGGCCAGCCAUCGCAAAAAGUUCCAGGCCAGUCGGGACGAAACGACCAAGUCGGUGCAGCAGCUGGAACUGUUGGGCCGCCAGUUUCAAGAGCGCGAGCGGCAAUUCGAAGAGAUUUUGCAGAAGAACUGCCGCGCAUUCGAGCGGGAACUCGAAACGGCCCGCGAACUCAACAACAACGAGCUCUCCACGCUCAAGGAAUGUCUCCAGCUGGUCUGGCACGAAGUCAAAGACUACGCCAAUGUGACGGACAUGCCCAAAACGUCGGUCAUGGAGUUCACUCAGGCGCUGAUCAGUUCGCUUCACGGAAUUUGCAACGAGCUGGGCCAACUGAGAGUCCGUGUAGUCGAUCUCGCCGAUAUGGAGCAAGCCUUCCAGACGACGUUGCGACAGGCAGACGGGCUCGUCCAUCACAUGGAAGAGAAGCAUCUGCAGCGCAUCAGAGAGCUGGAACAUAUAGAACACGAACUUAGGAUCCAGUUGAAUCAUCCGACUGGAAGUCACCAAAGCUACGACAUGGAUGGAAGUCUCGAAAUCAAAAUACAAGAACUGGAGCAGGAAAAGGACGCUCUGUCGUUGCAGGUCGGCAAGUGCCAAGAAUUGGAAGACUAUUGCCAACGACUUCAUGGCCGGCUGGAAGAGUAUGAGCAACGUGAACGAAGCUUGCAUCAAGCCGUCCAAGAUACGGAACGCCGCUUUUCCACCAGAGAGCAAAGAUAUCGCGAAGAAAUUCAGUUGAUGAAAACAGAGCUGGACAAGUGUCGCGAAAAUGAAGCGACCUGGCGUCAACGACUGGAGCAGAGGGACAGUCAACUGGGCCUCAUGAGGAACGAACUGGAGGCCGAACAAAAGACCAUCGCCAGUUUAGAGUUAGAAGUCAAGGAGUUGCAAUCCAAAUUAGAUAAGGACGACACCUCCUUCAGAAACGAGGUGACCAAGUUGCGUUCGCAGCUCACUACCUCUCUGGCGCAGCUGAACGAGCUCGAGUCACUUAACUGCCAACUUCGCGAGAAAAUCGUCGAAUACCAGAACACGAUUUACUCUCUGCAGAGGAGCCUAGACGAGAAGAGUUGCCAAAAUGGGAAUCUAAUGGCAGAAAAUAACCGACUGGCCCAGGCUCAGAUGGAAAUUAUGAGCAUGUCUAUGGUCGCCAUGGCCAAACCGCUGACUGAAGAGCUGCUAGAAAUCGAGUCGGAUGAAGGCUGCAUGUCACCCGAACCUGUCGCCGCCACAAGCGAAACCGCUGCUACGCUGGACGACUUUCAAGAAAUUUCAUUGCCCACGACGCCGACCGUUGUGGACGGCUGCAACAACGUCUUUGAGGAACAUUUCAAAGUACUCGAGUCGUUGGAGAGUUACCUGGAAACGCAGCAUCUGACUGGAGCGACGGCCGAAGAUAACGACGAGUCGGGAAUUUCCACAUCACCUUCGAUUCACGAGAACGAGAAUUUUGCGCUGUUGGAAGCUCAGUUGUCGCAGCUUCGAACCGAGAAGCACUUUUUGCUCAAUUCGGUUGUCAACAGUCAGAAGAAAGAUGAGGUCAUUCAAAUCUUGGUCGACCAACUCAAAUACAACGCGCCCCGUCAAUACCUGAUUGAAACGGCGGCGCAUAUCCGCAAGAUCGCCACUAAUGGCGACUACGACGCGAACCAACAUCGCACGCAUGACAAAGAUAUCGAUCGCGUUUGCUCCAUGCUGGAAGCCCCGAUUGAUCUGACCGACCUAACGACUGAGGGUUGUAGCCUCAUAUCACAACAGCCCUCGGCGUCUCCUAACUGCAAUUAUGAUGUCGUCAUCCCCCACAAUAAAGUAGUCCGCCGCCAGACAACUGUAACCGUUCUGCCCGAGGAGGAUCCGCUUCUUUCCCCACCCUCCGAUCUUAAAAUUACACGCAAGGUCGGCAAUGAUGGACUUGUGAUAGCCUGGUUACCUUCACCAGACUCUGAAUGCGUCGGAUACCUGAUCUGCGUAAACGGCCAAGAAGCUCAUCGUGGGCGAAACGCCCAGAGGACGAAAGCAGUGUUGAGCGGAUUGGACUUGCAUAGCGAGAUGGAUAUUUGUAUUUAUUCGUUGUCCGUCGACGGGCUCGUUUCCAGCCCCACAACUACUGUCUACUUGCCCGACGAGCGACUGGCUGUUGGCGCUCAUCAAGGACAUGCCGGCGACUCGGAAUCGGCUGAGCCGACCCAGGCCGUCGUCGAGGUGAGCAGUCCGCGCGAGGUGGUCGUUCAGACAUUUUAUACCAACUCAUCCGUUACCGUCAGGUCAUCGCGCAGGGUUAUCGCUCCUGCUGCCCACGUAUCCCGCUUACCACACCGGCCGACCUGCGUGCCUUGAUGGAAUGAUUGUCGCUUCACUUCUCCAUUUAUAAUUCUCACAUUAUUUGUUUUACUUUCGCGUUUGUUAAAAAAAAAUUUUAUCGCAAUAUUUGACGUAUAACAUGAAGUCUGAAGCUCUCUAUUUCAAAAAUAUCACCACAAACAGUAAGUAGUUUAAUAACGUUUUGAUGACAUAACUCAUGAGGUUUGAUGAUGAAUUCGUAAUUGUAUGACGCAAAAGAAAAAUGACUUACACGAAGUAAUAAAUUGUAAUUCGAUCGCCAGUCUCCAUAACUGUUGUUCUGUAACAUCUUAUGAAAAUAAAACAUAUGUAGAAGAUGAAAAA